CCCCGCCGCUCCGCGCUCCGCUGCCGGCUCCGCUGCCCGCGCCCCGCCAUGAGCAGCUCCCAGUUCAACAAGGGCCCGUCCUACGGCCUCUCCGCCGAAGUCAAGAACCGGCUUGCCCAGAAGUAUGACCCACAGAAGGAGGCUGAGCUGCGGACGUGGAUCGAGAGCGUCACGGGGCAGCAGAUCGGGGCCGACUUCCAGAAGGGGCUGAAGGACGGGGUGAUCCUCUGCGAGCUCAUGAACAAGCUACAGCCCAACUCAGUGAGGAAGAUCAACCGCUCAGCUCAGAACUGGCACCAGCUUGAGAACCUCUCCAACUUCAUCAAGGCCAUGGCCAGUUAUGGCAUGAACCCCGUGGACCUCUUUGAAGCCAACGACCUGUUUGAGAGCGGGAACCUGACGCAGGUGCAGGUGUCGCUGCUGGCACUGGCGGGCAUGGCCAAGACGAAGGGGCUGCAGAGUGGCGUGGACAUCGGUGUGAAGUACUCGGAGAAGCAACAGAGGAACUUUGAUGAGGCCAAGAUGAAGGCUGGGCAGUGUGUGAUUGGGCUGCAGAUGGGCACGAACAAGUGUGCCAGCCAGUCUGGCAUGACAGCCUAUGGCACCAGGAGACACCUGUAUGACCCCAAGAACCAGAUCCUGCCACCCAUGGACCACUCCACCAUCAGCCUCCAGAUGGGCACCAACAAGUGUGCCAGCCAGGUGGGCAUGACAGCUCCUGGCACCAGGAGACACAUCUACGAUGCCAAGACGGGGACGGAGAAGUGCGACAACUCCUCCAUGUCGCUGCAGAUGGGCACCAACCAGGGUGCCAACCAGAGCGGUCAGGUCUUCGGCCUCGGCCGCCAGAUCUACGACCCCAAGUACUGCCCACAGGGCAACCAGGCUGAGGUGGCCAAUGCCACCUGUGAGCAGAGCAGGGACCCCUCAGGGUACCACUACUACCAUGAGGAAGAGGAGAGCUACUGAGCAGGACGUUGCCCAGCCUCAGCUCACACCACCUCGUGUACAGACCCCACUGCCAGCAACAUUCCAGCCUCUACUUCCAUCAUUCCACUCUUUUGAAACUCUUGUGGGGUUUUUUUUGAAGGAAAAAGGGUUGAAAUGAAUCUAUUUUUCUGAGCAAGGAAAUAAAGACUCUGUUUCUAGAGAA